AUGCCUUCCUCUCCGGCCAGAAAUGCAAUACACCCGGCCAAAUGGGUUGUAUUCCGCCGCCUGUACCAUGACAAGUCUUAUGGGUACCGCGAGCCUCGACGCUUCAAUAUGCCUGACUAUAGCCCCACGCAGCUGCAGAAUAGGACUGUGAAUGCACCACUCCUGCGCUACGUCGACGCACUCCGAACGCAUGGACACCGUGCCGCUCGUAUUGAUCCCCUUGACCUCCUGCAGAGGGAGGAAGUCGCCGCGCUCAAUCCUCGGAGGUAUGGACUACACGAUGACACACACAAGUACGACGUGAAUGGCAUCGUCUGGACGCACCCUGUUGGCUCCGCAGCGGACGUGACUGAAGAGUGGGCACUUGGCGAAAUCACACAGCACCUGCGCGCGAUCUACGUUGGGCGCAUCGCGUACGAAUAUAUGCACUCACCAUCUAAGACCGAGCGGCUAUGGUUCUCGCACAUGCUCGAGUCACAGGCACCCAGCCAGGCGGUCUUCGACACGAAGCAGAAGAAGCGCAUACAGAAGCUCCUUUCGCACAGCGAGACCUUUGACCAGUUUCUGCAGCUCAAGUUUCCGAAUCUCAAGCGGUACGGCUUGGAGGGUGGAGAGUCCAUGUUGCCAGCGCUUGACGCGCUCUUCGCUUCUGCGGCGAGAGCUGGCGUGGAGAACAUCGUACUCGGCAUGCCACACAGAGGCCGGCUGAACCUGUUGACAGAUCUCCUUCAGUUCUCCCCGGCGGCCCUCUUCCACAAGAUCAAAGGCGGCUCUGAGGUUCCGGAAGGUAUCGAUGCCUCUGGAGACGUCAUAAGCCAUUUGGUUGCCUCUCCUAACCUUCAUUAUGAUGGCGUAGAUGCCCCUCUGCACGUCUCGCUUCUGCCUAACCCAUCUCAUCUUGAGGCCGUCAACCCGGUCGCACUCGGCAAGACACGUGCGAAGCAGUUCGCGCUGUUGAAGCAACUCAUUCGCUCUGGCACGCAUCCCGACGAGUGCUUCCCUGGAGACAAGGUGAUGUGUGUGCAGCUUCACGGCGACGCAAGCUUCACUGGACAAGGCGUGGUCAUGGAAGGGCUGAGUCUGAGCAACUUGCCGCAUUACACUGUCGGAGGCACCGUUCACAUUGUAAGCAGUAUCGGCUAUACUACCCCUGCAUCCAGCGCACACUCGGGAUUGUAUUCGUCAGACAUUGGGAAGAUGAUCAACGCUCCGGUGCUUCACGUCAAUGGGACUACCCAGAAGCCCUUUCUUUAUGUAGAUGUCGCCCGUGCGGUCGAGGUCGCAUUCAAGUACAGGAACCAUUUUCGCAAAGACAUUAUUGUAGACUUGCUCGUGUAUCGCCGAUGGGGUCAUAAUGAACUCGACGAGCCUUCAUUCACGCAACCUCUCAUGUACGAGAAGAUCCGCUCACGAAGCUCCGUCCCUGUUCUGUACGAGAAACAGUUCAUCGCAGAGGAGGUUCUGACCGAAGAGGCUGUCACCGCUGUUCGCACGUCUUACAAGGCGUUCCUCACGUCAGAACUGGAAGCUGCCGACUCUCGUCCUCCAGUGAAGGCGGACGCGGUGAUGUUCCAGGGUUCGUGGCACGGGAUGGUGUGGCCAGCGAGCCCGGAUGCUGUUCACGACCCGGAGACUGGUGUGAACCGCGAGACCCUGCUCCGCGUCGGACGCGCUAGUGUCACUGUCCCCGACGGUUUCGAGAUACACGCACGCUUGCAGCGACAUGUCAACAAUCGUCUGCGUUCUCUGGAGAAAGGUUCUGGGAUAGAUUGGGCAACGGCCGAGGCUAUAGCUUUCGGGACUCUUAUGCUGGAUGGCUGCGACGUGCGGAUUUCUGGGCAAGACGUCGGUCGGGGCACGUUUAGUCAACGGCAUGCCAUGCUCGUCGACCAACGGACCGAAGAUGUGAUCGUGCCCCUGAAUGCUCAAAUUCAUUGCGAGGGCAGACUCGAACUUGCGAACAGCUCGCUCAGCGAACUCGCAGUACUGGGCUUCGAAUACGGUGUUAGCUGGGAAAGGCCUGACAUUCUGCCCAUAUGGGAAGCGCAGUUUGGGGAUUUCUUCAACGGUGCUCAAGUCAUCAUCGAUACUUUCGUUUCCUCGGCGGAGACGAAGUGGCUCAGGCAAAGCGGUAUCACACUGCUUCUGCCCCAUGGCCUCGACGGUGCAGGCCCUGAACAUUCAUCUUCACGUUUGGAGCGGAUGUUACAGCUCACCAAUGAUGGCCAAGAAUACGAUGAUCGGCCAUCCGCAUCAAACGUCAACAUGCACGUUGUCUUCCCUACGACACCUGCACAAUACUUCCAUUUGCUGAGGAGACAAUACAAGCGGAACUACAGGAAGCCUCUCGUCGUAGCUUCGCCCAAAGCCUUGCUCCGAUUGCCCGCUGCUUCAUCGUCCUUGUCGGAUCUCGAAGACAAUAUUCGUUUCCAGCCAGUUCUCGACGACGUUACUGUCGACAAGUCGAAGAUCAAGCGUGUCCUUUGCCUAACUGGCAAGCUUUACUACGAACUGGCGACAGAACGUCACAGGUUGCAAGCACACAAUGUUGCUCUCAUCAGGAUCGAAGAAUUGUCCCCGUUUCCCUUCGGGCACCUCGCUCACGUUCUCAAUCAGUAUGAUGCAGCCACCGAGAUCGUAUGGAUACAAGAGGAGCCGAUGAAUCAAGGCGCAUGGCCUCAUGUUUCAGAGAGGAUUAAUGCCGUCCUUCAGCGUUUGGGUCGCACGAACCGCCUCUCGUAUGUCGGAAGAGCAUCCGACGCGCUUCCUGCCCCUGGAACAAGCAAGAUGUAUUCGGCGCAGCGGCAGAGCAUUCUUCUGACAGCAUUUCAUGGACUGAAGGCCGAACUCUAGUGGAUGCUUGGGUCUGAUUCGUACGUACGUACACUACUAC